UCUCUCUCUCUCUUUCUUCAAUUUUCAGUUACCCUUGACUGUUUCAAUUUUCUCUCUCUACUUUACUCUCUCUCUCUCUCUCUAUAGCUAUUCCUUGCGCUUCCCCUCCUCUUCUCGCUUCUGGGAUUCCUUUACCCUCUCGCAAGAACUCAACACAAAGACCAAGGCUAGACGGACAUACACACAGAAAUACACAUACAUAUACAGAGAGAGAGAGAGAGAGAAAUGCUGGUGGAAAAAGGGGUUACCCGGUCGUUCCCGGCGAUAUAAUUAGGAGAUACAGAAAACAGUAUUCCAAAAAAAAAUGCUAGAGCCGGUGAUGUUAUUUGAUGAGGAGAAAAAGAAACCCGAAGAGAGAGACACAGGGAUAACAACAGACAGCAACAAAACAGUUGUCCUCCUCGUCGGCCGCAGCAGAUCCCAAGCCCUAACCAAAAGAGUCACACCCACCACCAUCACCACCGCAGAGAAGCUGAUCCUCGGCCGCAGCAGAUCCCAAGCCCUAACCAAAAGAGUCACACCCACCACCAUCACCACCGCAGAGAAGCUGCUGCCGAACGGGGAUCUGUACGUCGGGAGCUUCUCGGGCACCGUGCCCAACGGAUCGGGCAAGUACCUCUGGUCCGACGGGUGCAUGUACGUCGGGGACUGGAAGCGAGGCAAAGCCCACGGCAAGGGAAAGUUUUCGUGGCCCUCGGGUGCCACCUUCGAGGGGGACUUCAAGUCGGGUCGGAUGGACGGGUCCGGCACCUUCACCGGACCCGACGGCGACACCUACUCCGGAUCCUGGUCGUCCGACCGCAAGCACGGGCAAGGCAAGAAACGCUACGCCAACGGCGACUCCUACGACGGCUCCUGGCGACGGAACGCCCAGGACGGCCGAGGCCGUUACGUCUGGCGGAACGGAAACGAGUACGUUGGGGAGUGGCGUAACGGCAUUAUUCACGGCAGGGGAAUCCUCAUUUGGGCCAACGGGAAUGAAUACCAUGGGAACUGGGAUAACGGAGUCCCCAGAGGCCAAGGGGUGUUCAAUGGAAACAGUAGUAACCUAACGGGAAAUACGAAGAAGAGAUCUUCGGUGGAUGGCGGGUCAAAGGGGAGCUUGUUGGUGGGUCCAAGGAUUUGCAUUUGGGAUUCGGAUGGAGAGGCGGGGGACAUUACCUGUGAGAUAGUGGAUAAUGUGAAGGCUGCGUCCUUGUUCUAUAAUAAGAUGUUUGAUUUUGAUGGUACGAGUCAGUUUCGAAGGAGUUCUUGUUGUCUUAUUAAUGGGGGUGAGAUGAAGAGACCGGGGCAGACGAUAUCCAAGGGUCACAAGAAUUACGAUUUGAUGCUCAAUCUCCAACUGGGUAUUAGGUAUUCAGUGGGGAAGUAUGCUUCGAUUGUACGCGAGAUUAAGCCCGGUGAUUUUGAUCCUAAGGAGAAGUUCUGGACUAGGUUCCCUACGGAAGGGUCAAAGACAACUCCGCCCCAUCAGUCAGGGGAUUUCAAGUGGAAAGAUUAUUGCCCCAUGGUGUUUAGACACUUGAGGGAGCUAUUUCAAGUUGAUCCUGCUGACUACAUGCUAGCUAUUUGUGGAAAUGCCGCUCUUAGGGAGCUUUCUUCUCCUGGGAAGAGUGGAAGCUUCUUUUACCUGACUCAGGACGAUAGGUUUAUGAUCAAAACAGUCAAGAAAUCCGAAGUCAAGGUGCUUAUUAAGAUGCUUCCAAGUUACCAUCAGCAUGUAUGCCAGUACAAGAAUUCCCUUGUCACAAAAUUCUUCGGGGUACACUGUGUCAAACCAAUAGGCGGUUUGAAGACUAGAUUUAUUGUGAUGGGCAACUUGUUCUGCUCGGAUUAUCGAAUCCAUAGAAGAUUCGAUCUUAAAGGAUCCUCCCAUGGCCGCACGACAGAUAAGCUUAAAAGGGAGAUUGACGAAACCACAACCCUUAAGGACCUGGAUCUCGACUUUGUGUUUCGCCUCCAAACCAACUGGUUCCAAGAACUUAUCAAACAAAUUGACCGAGACUGCCAGUUUUUGGAAGGAGAAAGGAUCAUGGAUUACAGUCUGUUAGUUGGUAUUCACUUCCGUGAAGACAAUGCUGGCGAUAAGAUGGGUCUAUCACCAUUUUUGUUGCGAACUGGCAAGAAAGGUUCAUUUCAAAAUGAGAAGUUCAUGCGCGGAUGCCGUUUCCUUGACGCAGAGCUACAAGACAUUGAUAGGGUUCUCACUGGCCGGAAAACCUUGAUAAGGUUGGGAGCCAACAUGCCGGCAAGAGCAGAGCGGAUGGUUCGAAAGAGCGACUUCGACCAAUAUACGGCAGGCGGAUUUACUCAUUCAGCCCUUUCACGCGGAUGUGAAACCUAUGAAGUUGUCCUCUACUUUGGGAUCAUCGACAUUUUGCAAGACUACGAUAUUAGCAAGAAGUUAGAGCAUGCUUACAAAUCCUUACAAGCCGAUCCGACCUCAAUCUCUGCUGUUGAUCCGAAGCUUUACUCCAAGAGGUUUCGCGACUUCAUUGGGAGAAUCUUUGUGGAAGAGAGGUAGCAGUUAAAAGAGGAAAAAAUAGAAUAGAAUUGGGACUCGAGGAUUCAAAGAUUCACUGGUUGAAUCUGACUCCUACUCUUUCCAAGCAAAAACACGUUUGGAAUUUUUUCUGGCUCAGAUCAAGGCGUUGGCGCGUUCGGUCCGCAAUGUUGGCUGAAUUUUUGUGGAAUCAGCCAUCUUGUGGAUGAAUCAUUGGUUUUUGUAUAGUUAUGUGAUGAGGGAGAGCAGGAUCAUUAUUUCUUCUUCCCUUUUUUUUUUUUUUUUCUCAUUAUUUGUUAUAAUCAAACAUGAGAAGGUUUGAAAGGUAGGUCCGGGGAACACAGUAGCUGAAGUGUUUCCCACUUAGAAGAUUCAAAAUGGGGAAGGUGGCUUGGAAUAAAUGUACAGAUUAUGCAGAUAAAAGGAUAGACAAUUUUUCAAAUUCCGGAUUUUUUGGGGAUA